AUGGGCGGCAAGGAUGUGUACAUGGUGAUCGGUGGAAGCGGCUUCCUGGGCCGACACAUGGUCAAGGCGCUCCUGGCGCGGGGCGACAGCGUCUGUGUAUUCGACAUCGUCCAGCGCUACGACGACACGCCCUUCUACCCGGGCGACAUCAGCGACGAGGCCCAGGUCUCCGCCGCGCUCGCUGCUAGCGGCGCGACAUGCAUCAUCCACACCGCCUCGCCCAUGCACGGCGUCGGCGACCCUGCGCUGUACUGGAAAGUUAACGUCGACGGCACAAAAGCGGUCGUGGCCGCUGCUGUCGCGAACCACGUGCCGAAACUCGUGUAUACCAGCUCUGCCGGUGUCGUGUUUGACGGUCACGACAUCAUUGAUGGCGAUGAGCGCUUGCCGUACCCCGAAAAGGCGAUGGACGCGUACAACGACUCCAAGGCUCGCGCCGAGCAGAUCGUCCUCGAGGCCAAUGGCAAGGGCGAUCUCCUCACUGUCGCACUCCGUCCUGCCGGUAUCUUUGGCCCGGGUGAUCGCCAGCUCCUCGUCGGCGCGUUGAAAGUCCUCGAGGACGGCAAGACGCACUACCAGAUCGGCGACAACACCAACCUCUUCGACAUCACCUACGUGGACAACAUCGUACACGCGCAUCUGCUCGCCGCAGAAAAGCUCACUCCUCCACCGCCCUACAACCCCAAAAAAGUUCGCGCAGAGCUCGACAUCCCGCUCGCGUUUGUCGACUUGACCACAGGCAAGCGCCGCGUGCCCACCUCCGCUGCACGGCCUCUCGGCCCCUACGUCGAGCGUCCGCCAAACGCCGACGAGCUCGAGGCGAACUGGGCCGCUCCGCCUCCACCCCACCGUGCACCUGGUCGUACACGUUUCGACCCGUUAAGCGACGGUGCGCUCGUUCGCGCGGAGAAGAACCCUCUCCAAGUAGCCGGAAGCGUAUUCUUCAUCUCCAACGGCGAACCCGUAUAUUUCUGGGACCUCAUGCGCACAAUCUGGCGCGCCGCGGACCCCGAGAAGUACCCGGCUCGCGGUGUUAUUGCUAUCCCUCGUCCGCUUGGCUUCAUUCUGGCUAGCUUGUCGGAGGUCGUGGGGUGGAUCACUGGUCGCGAGCCGAACUUCACGACGUUCAGGGUUAGGACUGUCAGUGCGCAUAGGUGGCAUAACAUUGAGAGGGCUAGGAGGGCUCUUGGGUAUGAGCCUAUUGUGGGUAUGGAGGAGGGGAUCAGGAGGACAAUGCAGUGGUGGAAGGAGGAACAGGCAGCGAAGAAAGCUUGA